CGUUUUCCGCUAGAUGGUUUUAGUGAGGUCAUAUCUCACGAUGUAUACGUCGCAUCUGGUCAUUCUAUACUGCGACUUAAAGGUGACAUAACGCUUUAAAAAAAGUUCUUUGACAGUUUUGUGUUUGGUGAAGCCAGUUGUGUGUUAGAGCGUUCCAAAAUGGAGGUAAAAAAAGAGAAAAUUCGAUAUAUUCUUCAGUACCACUACGACCAAAGGGAAAAAGCGGAGCAGGCGGCCAAAAAAAUUUGUGCUGUUUGUGGACCCAAUACAGUAUCGAAUGCAACAGCAAAGCGGUGGUUCCAACGAUUCCGUUCUGGUAAUAUGGACGUCGAAGAUGAGACACGCUCUGGUAAUAUGGACGUCGAAGAUGAGACACGCUCUGGUAGGCCAAUCGUCGAAAAUGUCGAUAAAAUCAUGGAAAUCGUCGAGUCGGACUGGCAUGCAAGCACUUAUUCCAUUGUCCAGGAACUGAAGAUUAGCCAGAAAACCGUUUGGAACCAUUUGCAUAAGGCUGGUCUCAAGAAGUUCGAUGUAUGGGUGCCACACGAAUUGACGCAAAAGAACCUUUUGGACCGAAUUCAUGCCUGCGAUUCUUUGCUGAAGCGUAACGAAAUCAACCCAUUUUUGAAGAGGAUGGUGACUGGCGAUGAAAAAUGGGUCACAUACGAGAAUAACAGGCGAAAAAGAUCGUGAUCCAAGCGCGGUAAGCCGGUCCAAAUGAUCGCCAAGCCCGGAUUAACGGCCAAGAAAGUUUUACUGUGUGAUUGGUGGGAUUGGAAGGGAAUCAUCCACUAUGAGCUGCUCCCAUCGGGCCAAUCACUCAAUUCGGACCUACACUGUCAACAACUGACCAGAUUGAAGCAGGCGAUCGACAAGAAGCGGCCAGAAUUGACCAAUAGGAAGGGUGUUGUGUUCCAUCAAGACAAUGCCAGGCCGCACACAUCUUUGACGACGCGCCAGAAACUCCGAGAGCUUGAAUGGGAGGUUAUAUCGCACCCGCCGUAUAGCCCAGACCUGGUUCCAAGCGAUUAUCACCUUUUCAAGCAUUUGCAAAAUUUUCAUGAUGGUACAAAACUGGCCUCAAGAGAGGCCUCAAGAGAGGCUUGUGAAAAUGAGCUGGUCAAGUUUUUUACCAAUAGGGACGAGGACUUCUUCAAUCGCGGAAUUAUGAAAUUGCCUUCAAAAUGGA